AUGUCAGCGCUUACCCCGACUGAUGCGCCUCCGCCGCCGCCGCCACCGCCAGAUGGCCUACCUCCGGGCAUUCCUGUUACCGAACGGGCGGCGCACCUUGCCCAGACCUUCAUCGGCGUUACCUCAAUACUGAUGGCCUUGUGUCUGAUCACCUUCUUCACGCGUAUCUACCAACGGGUCUUUCCUGUGUUCAAGAUGGGUCUGGACGACUGGUUCAUCAUUAUUGGCUUCAUCCUAGCAAUAGCAGACUGGUCCCUCCUCUUCCCGCUCAUGGUCCCCAAACCAGGCUACAUCCCCUUCUCCCGCGGCACCGAAGCCGGCAAGCACUCCUGGCUCGCCAUCCCCGUCUGGGGGUUGGCCAUGACGUGCAUCAAGAUCUCGAUUGCGCUUACACUCUUACGAAUCCGAGGCUCCGAAAGAAAGUGGAGGGUAUUCUUGUACACCAUCAUCGUCAUCCUGGCCAUCUACGGGAUAGGCAACACAAUAUUCUGCCUGGCUAUCGCGUGCCAGCCGUUGCAGGCGGCUUGGGAUGUGUUGACCCCCGGUGGGAGGUGUGUACCGGUGGAGAUAAUGAAGGCCGUUUCUGAUUUAGGUUCGGGGAUCAACAUCACGACCGAUCUGCUGUUGAGUCUGACACCGAUAACUUUCUUGAGAAAGCUGAACAGGCCGUUGAGGGAGAGGGUGUUUGUUUGCGUGCUGAUGGGGAUGGGGCUGUUGGCAAGUGUGAGCAGUAUUGUCAAGACGGUUAUCAUCAAGGAUUGGGGGGACCCGACGGCGGAGGUGGAUGAUUGGUGGGCUAUGGGGGUUAGUAUCUGUACUUGGACUGCGUUGGAGCAGCUCUUGGGGGUGUUGGCGGCUUGUGUACCGGCUAUGAAGGGGGUGUUUCAACGGUGCUUGGGGGGGCUGGGGGUGGAUAUCACUGUUGGGGGGAGCAAGAGGCAGCGGUCGGGACAGGGGGGGAAUUAUUACUUGAGGACCUUUGGGAGGGGUAGGGGGACGGGGACAGUGAGGAGUGGAGGUGGUGAUGGGGAGAGGGUCCGGUCGGGGACUUUUGAGAGUUUGGGGAGUUCUGGUGGGAAUCGGUUCUCGAGUGUGAGGCAGGUUGGGGUUGUGAAGGAUGAGGAACAUGGGACGGUGGCGGUGGUGGAGUAUGACGAGGAGGUAGGAAUUGAUCUGCCUGAAAUGAGGAGGCAGGCGUCGACAGUGCAGUCGGUGGAUGGAUCUGCUGGGAGAGGGGACUUGGAAAGAGGACACUCGAGGGGGUCGGAGGGUGAGAAGUUUCCUGCUCAUGCUUUAUAA